ACAAUACGGGAGCAGCCGCGGAAGUGUAUGGAUUGACAAAUCACCAAUUUGGCGGUGACGCCGGACCGAGCGUCGAUCUGCUUUCGAACUCGGCUAGCGUGAACCAGCAGCCACAGGCGCCCCCGCGGUCUCCCAUCGCAACGCCGUCGCACCAAUACCCAAUUCACACACCAGGAGGAUCACCGUUUCCGGUGCCCUCCUCUCCGCGCAUGAGCAUCGCGGACGUGAUGUCUCCGAACGCGCAACAUCGCAUGUCGCUUAUGCAUCGCGGCAUGACAGGAAGUGGUGUGGCAAGUCCGCGGUCUCCCGGGUCGCCGAAUUACAAUCACACCUAUACGCCUGGGGGGGGUUAUCAGCAGCAGCAGGGUAACGUAGCAUCUGGUCCUGGUGAUCACCAAAUCAUGCAUCCGGGAGCUGUGCAGAACUCUCCGCCAAUAGUCGGCGGCGCACCCGGUGGUUCGCCAGGCGGCGGACAACCACACGCGCAGCAGCAUAUGCUGAUGAUGAUGGCGCGAUCGCGGUCGGG